AUGCUUUCAUUGGUUGCCAGUACAGAGGACGACCAGCGACCGACAACUGACUACAAGAAGAAUGCGCUGGAUCCAAAUCGAAUUGCCAGAGUGCUCGUGGGGUCCUGCAGCUGCAAGAACAAUUGUUUUGGUUUGCUCACAGCUGCCAAAGUUUCAGAGGUGUGCCAGUUGUGGCAUUCAAUGUCAGAUGAGUCGCAAUAUCACUUCCUUAGUGCGCAGUGGGACUGCAGUGCUGAGAGAAAUGGACUGGACGGCACUGAUGGAGAGCAGCUGGCUCACCGCACGACUUGGUACUUUGCCGGCCAGCAAGUCUGCUUACCAGCUUUGUGCGCCCUUCUGGGUGUCGGAAACAAGGCAAUGGCGAAGAAACUGCAGGGAGUGGUGGACCAGCGCCGCAAACUCAACUGCCACGCGGACACAAAGGCCACAAGGCCUGCCGCGCAAAGAAAUUUGACUAGUAUGUUUUUCUUGGAGCUCUACCGCCAAAGUGCUGAAGAUCUGACAGAAACUUUGCAAGUGCAGCAUGUGGAUGAGAAUAUCUCUGCUGAUCAAGAUGGCAACGCUCCGGUCUACAUGCGUCAAGUGUCGACUGAAGCAGAGGUUUUUUCAUGGACACCUGAAGCAGCCAUUGUUCAAAACAUCAUGGCGUUGUCCACUGUAGACCUGUCCACUGUGCCAGUCCGGCACUUGCCGCCAGGCAAGCCCAUGAGCUUGUUCUGGCAAUUUCAGGCAUGGUGUGAAGCCGUGCAAAAAAUAGCUGGUGCAAAUGCAAUUAAAGUUCCGUCAUGGUCGACCUUCUGGAGAGUGUGGUGGGACAAGUGGUCCUAUGUGCUGAAGUUCCGCAAAGUUUCCCAGCACAAGGAAUGCAACACCUGCCAUCAGCUGCGUGAGAAGUUGCAUGGAAAGAAAGGCAGCGUCAAGGAGAAGAUGGAGCUUGCCCGAGACUGGCGUGAGCAUCUUCGUGCCCAAUACCAUGAUCGGCUCAUCUACUGGAGCCUUCGGUGGGCAUCGCGGGCCGGCUUGGGUGUCUUGUGCAUCAUAAUCGAUUCCAUGGGUCAAGUGAAGACGGCUUGGCCUCAGUACAAGUUCGCGCGCAAGUGGCAGACAUUGCUGCGAAGACGGGACGGGGCUUCCCCCAGCACCUUUGUGAUCCAAGCGGACAACACCACAGCCCAGAACAAGAACUCUGUUGUGUCACUCUUCCUGGCCCGCUUGGUGUCUGAGGGUAAGUUCUUGACCUGCACCUUAAACUUUCUGACAGUCGGCCAUACGCAUGAAGACGUGGAUCAUCUGUUUUCCCUGAUCCUGUCCACUGUCCUCCGUCCUUGUCGAUUUCAGGUGCCAGAUGACUUGGUAGCUCUUCUCCUGUCAAAGAUGGAAGAGUUUGUGUCCGCCAAGGGGGAAGAACUGUUUGUGGAGAAAGUGCUGCGCAUCAGGGACUUUGACGCCUGGCUUGGGCAAGUGAGAGUGCAGCUUCACAACUGUUUUGUUUCCCGGGGUGGAAGGCUGGCGGCCCACUCAUUUGUUUACAAAUGCCGCUGCCACCUGACACCGAAAGAGCUUGAGCAGCUGCCUCCCCAGCGGCGUGGUGUGGAAGAGCAUGACCAUGAUGUGUUUGCCCUCACCAAGGGAAGCAGCAAGGAUGAUUACAUCAAGAAGGUAGUGAAGCUGGCAGAUGCACUGGUUCCGGCCUUGCGUGAAAUUGCUAGACGUCUGCAAGAGGGCCGUGUUGCUGGGGAAGAUGAGAACAUGUACUAUGAGCAUUUGCCUGACACAUCCUGGCAGCUCCUGGCAACGUUUCACCGGAUGCCUCCUCGGAACAGAGUGGUGAAGAAGACCAUCUCUCGACUCUUCGGAGGCUCCUCGGACCCGGAGUCUUUCGAUUGCAUCCAUGUGGUGGACUUCAUGAAGCAGAAGUGGCCGGAGCCGCAGCAGCUGAAGAAUUGCUUGCAAGGGCUGUGUGACAGAGCCAAGCGGAUUGACCCCACCUGGAUGCACCCUGCUCCUCUGUCCACUGUUCCCGCACCGCCAGGGCCACACCAGGGUGCCGCUGAGGGAUGGCUGUUCAUCUGGCAGCUAGGGCAUGAGGAUGGUUGUUCCAUGAAGGGUCGACCCAACAUGGUCAACAUCUUGGAAAUUGCAUUCUCUAUCCUUGAGAAUGGUUUCAACAGUGUGCAGAAUGCUUUGGAUGUGCUGUUUCCUGAUCCAGCUGGGAGCCCCAUUGCAGACUUUUCUGUGAAGUUCAGUGUCGGCUUUGGCAGAUCCCUUGCCAUCAAAAUGAUCUUGGUGGCAAUCUUGGAUUUCGACAAUGAGGAGCUGCAGGCCUUCUUCCCUGUCCUCUGUUCACUGUUUGCGGUGAAGUUUACCAACAACCCGGCACCCAGUGAAGACAUGCAGAGGCACAGAAGCUUAGCAGCCAAGUUCCAAAUCAGCGAAAGUGUUCGGCCAGACCCCAUCCAGAUCUACCAUGUCUUGGCAGAGAGUUUGGUCAAGGCAGGCCAGGAUGUGUUCUCUGGCCUGCCGGCAAAGAUUAAGCAGUAUAACAGCUUGACAACGGUGCAGAGCCAGAACAUUUCAGACCUGGAGGCUCGGAACUACAAAAAUGCGGAGAGCGCUGCUCCCUUGAAAUUGUUUGGCCGGAGCGGUGUCUUCGGCUCAGACAUCAUCCCGCCAGAAGCCCAAGGUGUGUGGACGGCCAUCUUGAAGCCCAGCCCAGAGAAGAAUGAAGUAUACCUCAUGCUGCUCAUUGGGGUGUUUGCAAAGAACUUGAAGGAUGCACUGCGUGCGAAAAAGAAGCCAAACUUGCGUUUCCAGGCAAAUCGAUUUCGAUGCAGUGAUCCAGUCAUGGCAUACUACCAGGCCUGUCUUUGGGUCCACUUCCGGCCCGACAUGCAAAAGGAGAUGUCUACCCCUGACUUCGAGCAGUUGGAGAAGACUUUCCUUCGAGGUGGUCUCGACCGUGAACUCACAGAUCGUUGCAAGGCCAUGAACCCAAGUCUUAAGCUGGCAGACUUCCGCUUCAUCUACACAUUCAUUCCUUGGGCAGCCUUGCGACUCUUCAAUGCGAAGCUGGAGAAGGAUUCAAUUAUGUGGGUCAAGUGCUGUGCUGCUCUGUCCGACUACACCUCUUCCCAGAGAGUUGGCAAAGUGGAGUUUCUCCGCGCCCAAGACAGGCAGUUGGCAGAAGCCGUAGAGGAAACAACUCGGAUAGUUGCUGACGCAUGCGCCCACUGCCCAGAAAGAACAUGCGGCGUCAUCAUCAGCCCGAAUGUGGCUCGCUAUGGAGUGACAUAUGAAGAGAUGGAGAUCCUCACCGUGCAAGAUGAGACAGAAACUUUCGUCAGACAGCCAGAGUACAAUCUCAGAGUGCGCCGCGGGCAGUUCGUGUUCAAGCAUGACAGCAUCAACUCGCGCACCAGGUCUUGCGUCCACCCACUGCUCAUGUGCGUCAGUGACCAGGCCAACGCUGAGACUGGUGAGCUUGUGAGUUUGUUCACAGCCAGCCAGCUGUGGCGCCGGAGGGCAGUGAUUGACAUCAAAAUGAAGCCAAACAAUGAGUAUGUGGUGCCAGUGCAAGGCCAGACUGCCAUUAGUGUAGAAAAUUUGUCAAAGUCCCAGUUGCACAAGCAACACAUCAGCGGUGUCGAUCUCGUGGAUGAGCUGAAAGAGUCACUGUGGAAGGGAAUGAACCUCAGCCAGCAGCAUGGAGCAAUGUUGGUGGACUUGCUGCCCUAUGAUGACUCCAUCAUUAUGUCCACUGUCCAAGGUUCAGCCCGUGCAAGGCCAAAAGAGCCACAGGAGAUGGUGGCAACCUGCUGCUGGGCCCGAGGCGAUCAGGAUGCAGACAUCCGCAAGAAUGCAACAUGGCUGUCUGGGGUCAGCCAUCGUGGGAUGGAGCGGCUGGGGAGCUUGGCACUGCGCCAGUCUGCUUUGGACGAGUGGGCGCCUAAGUUUGCGCGCCUCAAAACAGACUUUGAGGCUGUGAUGGACAAGCACAACAAGGCGUUCAACUCAUCCGGUUGCCCCUACAAGGCCGAUGGCCGCAAAAGAAAUGCAGAAAGCACAGAGAUGGAGGAAGACGGCGAGAGCUUCCCUGAUGAUUGCGUCGUGGAGUCCCUUGAAGCCCUUGGCAAGCAGCAGGGUGCACUGUCCACUGUGCACAGUCACCAGCCAGAUGGCAUCAUGUCUGCCAAGAAGUCUCUUUUCCAGAUCUUCGGUGAGUAUCACACUGGGGAUGCAGAGAUUGCGAAGGCCACAAAGCGCAAGGCAUUGCUGUACACAUGGAAAAUGGAGUCGGGAGACUACGAGGCAGUUUGGGGCCACCUUUCCAGCUGGGACCCCCCAUUCCAGAAGAGCAUUGCGAAAUUCAGGCAGUUCGUGGAUUACCUCGCCGAGCACAAUGUCGUCACAUUUGAUGUGGCUUGCCAUGAAGUGUCAGGGGAGGAGCCAAAUCCGUUGCAAGUGAAAGAGGUUGAAAGCUGUGCCUUUGAGCCCAAGAAGUUGCCAGGGCGCACUGUGGCGGACCUCACCAAUUGCGGCAGCUUGAUGCAUUUCGCAUCAGUGGAUUGGGCCAAGGGCGAGACCACCAAUGGCACCAUGCGGCUGUGCAUGGUAUUGAAUUAUGAAGAUACUCAUCUUCCCAAGCAAGCCAUGCUGGAUGCUGACCAAGCCCAAGCGCAUUGUCAAGGGCAAGGGUUUCCGGCUGUGUGA